AUGUCAUUGUUGGUAUUGGUGUUUAUGUUGGCGGCCAGUAAUGUCUUGUUUACUACCGGUAGGUCCAUCAUCACAAUGUUAAAUUAUUUGUGCGUUUUGUGGUAUUUUUGCUGUUGUUAUGUGGAUAUCGUCCGAUCGGAUGCCAUAUCCAUACCUAUCCAAUCGCACCGUACGUUUGAGAUCGAAGGCACCGAUAGUAGUGGCGGCGGUCAGUACGGCAACAGCAAUGGUGGCGGAGCACAGGUAUUGAAUGUGGAAAGGGAUCACCAAUACGAGCCACAUGUGUUCGAGGUUGAGCCAGUUCAGGCACCGUUGCGUAUAGUUUUUAGCUCCGAGUCCAGUCCCCUGACAGUUGACGUUGAAAAGGCUUUCCAGCAAUAUGCAGCGCCAAUAGACGGCAAACAGGAUCGUUCAGGUGGUGUUUCAGCGGCACCGGUAGCUUCCAGUAGUGCCGGAGCUUCCGGGGCAGCGGCCAUGGAUGGCGAACACGAAUAUCGGGUAAUCGAUUCCUAUCAACGGUAUGUACCCGUUAAGGUCAGGGCCGAUAGUUUUGAAAAUAUAUUUGCCGGAACCGAAUCGCACGGUGCAGUUGCAGUCAUCAAAUCGACUAAUCCUAAAUCAAGCACUGGUAGCAAAAAACGUACGGUCAAAAAGGUGGCCAAAGUUGUGUCAACAUCAUCAUCGAUGAAACAAAAGUCGGCCACACAAACUACUACUAGUGCCGGUACUACCAGUCCUACAACUACUACACCGACUACAAAAACAACGGCUAAACCUGAUAAUACAGGUCCAGCAGCAGCAGCACCGGUAGCCAGUGAGUCAGCACCGGUAGCAACUAGCAAAAAGUUUGGCUCACGUUUGGCUAAUAAAAAAUCCAAUUAG